AAUUGUAAGGAACCGGACAGGAUCGAACCGGAGGCGAAGAACCCCAAUUCUCACAGGUAGAACAGAAUGCUCCUCAUAUACAUAAACUGAUGCAUUCUAUUUCUACAAAGAAGAACGAAUCUACACUCAAAAUUGUGUCCUUCUCUUCAUUGACUUCGCCGCCGCCGCCGAGCUCCGCCGUCACCUCGGCGACCUAAUGCCAGCGCAGAAACGGCCGCGCGACAGCAGCACUCCUCCGCCGUCGCCGUCGCCUUCGCCGCCUCCCGAUGCAGAGAAAGGCGACGAUUCGCAGCAAGGCAGCGAGAAUCACAAUCACGAACAACCUGAAGACGCCUCAGAUUCCGACAGCAGCUCCUACUCCAGCGGCGGAGAGAAAGACGAAUUUAUAGUCGUGAAACUAGCUGAAGUACGGAAGGAAGUCCAGUGUCCAAUAUGCUUAGGCAUCAUUAGGAAGACAAGAACAGUCAUGGAAUGCUUACAUCGCUUUUGCAGAGAGUGCAUUGACAAAUCCAUGCGACUUGGUAACAACGAAUGUCCUGCUUGCCGCACUCAUUGUGCUAGUCGACGUUCUCUAAGAGAUGAUCCAAAUUAUGAUGCCCUGAUUGCUGCUCUUUAUCCAGACAUUGAUAAGUACGAGGAAGAGCAGGAAUUGGCUUUCCAUGAAGAGGAGAGAGUUCGCAAUAAGCAGAUCCAAGCUUCAAUUGCCCAGACUUUCCGUCGUCAAGCUGAAGCUCUGGGAAAGAAACGAACAACAAGAGCUACAUCGGCAACAUUUGUCAGGAGGCAGGGCAAUUAUCGAAAUUUGAGGGGUAGGAGAAACCGUGGUGCUGAACGCCACGGAUCUGACGAAGAGGAAGGUAUUAAUGGGCAUGAUGAGAGCAAAGACUCGUCAUCAACUGACGAGCACUCUGAAGCCAAAACAAAAAGAUACAAGAGAUGGGGAGGAGCUCGGACAUCACAGCCAUCUCCAGGAGCUAGUGCAGAUGAUGCUAAUGAUUCAGAAGCAACCAGGGGAAUACUUGGUGCAUCUUCUACACCUCUUGGCAGUACAGAACUUCUUGCCUGGGGAAGAGGUGGCAUUCGCAGUAAUACCCGACAUGGUGGCCUGAAUUGGACCAAUGGUAGAGUUACUAGGGGUAACCGGUUGUCAAAGCUGACCAAUCGUCUCAAAUCUUUACAUGAAAGCGAUGAAGUGUUGAAAAUUAGUCUCAUGAUUGUCUCAUUGCACGAGGAGAAGAUACCCAGCUUGAAGCGACCUUACCUUUGCUGCAGCCCCACAUCAUCAGUCAGACACUUAUGCCAGUAUGUUGCUAUGCAGACAUCCUUGGAAGCUAGUGAAAUUGAGAUGCUAAUAAUAAAAGAUUUUCAUCCUGUAAACAAUUCGGCUAUUCUCCCAAAACCAAAAGAAUCCGGUGCCUUAGAUCCUAGCCAGAAUGAGUUGCAUUUGUUGGAUGAGCAGCAAACCCUGGAGGAAAUUAAUGCCAGGUUUACUCAGCACCAUCUGGUAAGACACAUCCUCGUCUCAUGCAGAAAGCUUUACAAUUAUCCAAUUCCCCGAUAGAACAGUCUAUGAAUUGUCUUUCUUGCUAUCUCUGUUUUACUCUUUUGUCUUGCUUUUCGCCUUGGUGUUACACUGUUACUGGGAAUCAAGUUUCCGAGUAGAAGAUAGCUUUGCCAUUUAGUGAGCAAAUUGGUAAUUGUUCUAGUGACUGUAUUGAUUUGCAUACAACAUACACUGCAAAUAGGAUUUGGAAACUAUCAAAAUACCUAAAAUUCCAAUCUAAUAAGUCAAUUCUGAGUGACAUGCUUCGUAAAAACUUUGACUUCUAUAUGUACAGGUUUUUGCAUACCGGCCAAAGGUGAAACAUGAAGGAAACUGAUGAUAAUUUAAACUGGUCUUCUUGUGCCAGUGUAAAGCAGGAAGUAAGUUUCCUGCAGUUUUUCUUAAUAUAAUAGUAGAUUUACCUGUAUAUUGCUGUUCAACUCAAGCGGUUUCACAAGUAAAGAGUUACCAUAUAGAAGCCAACUAGAUACUAGAGAUGAUGGUGAAAUAGUCGCGCAUAUAUAUAAUGUCUGUCCAGUUAAGUUAAAUUUAUGUAUGGUCUUUUGUAUGCUAAGCAUCUGUUUUUACUGCUGCUCCUCUCACAACACUCUAAUGAAACUUUAGGUGUUUGUAUCGUAUCUA